AAUAACGCAACGAGUGUUCCUGCGCUCGAAUUAGUCAUUAAUCUACUAUGGAAGCCUCUAAUCAGGUCUGAUUUAGCUCGCUUAGGACUAUUCAUAGCCGCGCUGCUCGGAGAGUUCAGAAACGGGUCGUGUUCUCAAGGCCGACGGAAACCCAGGGGGCAAUUUCCUUCCACAGACCCCCUCUUUCUCCUUAUCCCCCCUCACCCCAGCUGGUGCCAGGUACCCCGAGGGAGCGACGCCCCCUUCUUCUUGGGAGACAUGUGGGACCAGGGGCAGUGGUUCAGUCUACUGACCAGGUGCGGGGCGGUGACCGUCGUGACUGCGAUCAGUCUGGUUCUCCUCCGGAAGUGGAUCUCGGGUGGUGUGUGCCGGAGCCGGGCCCGCCUGGACGGGAAGACGGUGUUGAUCACAGGGGCCAACACGGGCAUCGGCAAAGAGACGGCGCGUGACCUGGCCCGCAGAGGUGCCCGUGUGGUCAUCGCCUGCCGGGACCUGGCCAAGGCCGAAGCCGCGGCCGCCGAGAUCCGCCGGACCACGGGCAACGGGAACGUGGCCGUGCGCCACCUGGACUUGGCGUCGCUCUGCUCCGUGCGCCAGUUCGCCCGGGACUACCUGGCCAGCGAGGAGCGGCUGGACGUGCUCAUCAACAACGCCGGUGUCAUGAUGUGUCCCAAAUGGACCACAGAAGACGGGUUCGAGAUGCAGCUGGGCGUCAAUCACCUGGGCCAUUUCUUACUGACCAAUCAGCUGUUGGGAAAGCUGAAGAGCUCCGCCCCCAGCCGGGUGGUCAAUGUGUCCAGCAUCGCUCACAAAGGCGGCCAGAUCCACUUCGACGACAUUUUCUUUGACAAGACGCCCUACAGCUCCUUGGUGAGCUACCGGCAGAGCAAACUGGCUGUGCUGCUCUUCUCCAGGGAGCUGGCUCGGAGGAUGCAAGGAAGUGGGGUGACCUCCUAUUCCCUUCACCCCGGGGUGAUCCGCACAGAGCUGGGCCGCCACGUGCUGACGGGGUACCCCCUGCUGAAGGCUAUCGUCUCGGGCCCCUCUCUGCUCCUCAUGAAGACCCCCGCGGAGGGAGCCCAGACCUCCAUCUACUGCGCUGUGACUGAAGGGCUAGAGAAGUACUCGGGCUGCUACUUCAGUGACUGCGCCCUCAAGCAGCCAGCUCCGGAAGGGAAGGACGACCAGGCUGCCAGACAGUUGUGGGAGCUCAGCGCCAAACUCGUGGGCCCGACGGACGACUGACCUUUGACCUCCUGCAACGCCCACCCAGGGCCUUGCAGGGGACCCCCCAGCCAGCUUACUGUUCUCGAUAGCCCUGGGACACGGAUGUGCUGGAACCCCAGAGUCCAACCCUCCGUUUCUCCCAUUCCUCCCUGGAGGAAGUCAUAGUUUUGGCAAAGUUUCUAGAAGGAGCAUGCAUGACAAUCCGGGCAGUUCCUUAUCCAGAGAGCCGUGCAUUGCCUGUGUCCUUCACAAUGGGGCGCUCUGCGAUUGUUCUGAGAGAACUAGACCCCUGCCUUUUUUUGCAAAGCAACACAUUGAAAAUCUAUUCUGCUCUUGCACUAAACACAUUUCAGCUUCCCAGGAAGCUGUGGUCUAUCCAGACCGCUAUCUGAACCUUGCAACUCCUGGGAAAACUUUCACAGCACAUCCCUGUAUUGUUCCAGCCUGGAUUAACUGCAGCGCAGUUUCCAAACCCACCAGCCCAGACUGCAGCCAUCCAAUGCGCUCGGACUCAGACUGCAACCCGAUUGGUCAUAAAGCCCUGUUCAAGUUGAAGGACACAGGCUGCUCUUUAACUGGAGAUGAGACAAAGAAAAUAAAAGCAAGGCAAACCUUUUUAAUCAGUGUAGAGAUUUAAACAAUUGUGCCACAUCCUGUCUAGGAAUACCUUUGCUGAUAAGUUUAAAUACACAGAACUGAGCAGCCCCUGACUGUUCAUUGUACUAAAUACCAGAGGAAGUGGAACAUUAACAGUCAAGAGUGAAGGAAGUGUGUGAUGAACUUAUAGAUGGGAAACAACCUUUAUCAGUGUUUUUCCUAUAAAUCAUCUGGUCUGUUAUGCCAGAAAUGUUUUCCCCAAUUGGAAAAUUGGAAUGUUAAACCUGUAAUUGCAUUGUGCAGAAUAUGGAAGAGGUUGUCUAGAACCUAUAUGAGAAGAAAAAAAAAAGGCCAUACUUCAAAGGGUUGGGCAGAUCAGUGGAGAGCAUUACUGCUUUCCAGAGCCGGGGUGCUGGGUUCAAGGCCAGACCUGGGGUGCUUGCCUUCUACAUGCAGUUUGUAUGUUCACCCCCCUGUUUGCAUGGUUUUUUACUCCAGGUGCUCUGGUUCCCCCCCCCACACCGCCCACCCAAAGGCUUCUGGGGAAAGUAGCCCUCCUGCAAUGGACUGGAAUCCUGUCCAGACUAGAGAUGGCCUUGUGCCUGUUGCAUGCUGGGAUAGGCUCCAGCUCCCCCACCACAGCCCUGACCUGGAUAAAGCACUCAGAAUGGAUAGAUUGAUAUAAAAGGGUUCUUGAUCUUGAACGCUCCAAUUUAGUGAUAAAUCAGGUGAGACCUGUAGGACACACUUUGAAAUUAAAGGGCUAUACAAUAAGUGCAAGGACUUAUUGUUGGCAAUAUUGUCCCCUUAAGCACACCUAUCUUCAGUUACAUGAUUACAUGCCUCAUAAUACAAUUCACAACUGAAUGUAUAGAUGGAAAUAGCAUUACAGAGAUGUGUAGAAUUGCCUGUACAGAUCACUGCAAGAAGGCUCCACAGUGUCUCUUUUCAGCAUGAAAUGAACCUUUACUUGUUCCCUGUGUUUGAUAUGGAUGUCCAUUUAGAAAUCUGUGCAUAUUAAGGCAUCUCAAAAGCAGGUGUCUACAGCCUGUCCCGCAGAGCUCUUCUCACUGGAGCAGUCGAGAUCAGCCAACACCCGAGAGCA